ACAAUACACAGAUUUUCAGUUGAAGGAUGAGACCGUCAGCUCUAAAGAAAUGCCCACUAUUGAGAAAUGUACAUCUUUUGCUCUACAUCAGAGACUUCUUAACAGAGAGCAAUCAUGUGAAUGUCAGGAAUGUGGGAAGACGUUUUGUCAAGGCUCAAACUUUGUUCAACAUGAGAGAACACAUUCUAGUGAAAAAACGUGCAAACGUAAAGAAUGUGGGAAGAACUUUAGUAAUGGACAUCAACUCACCAUACAUCAGAGAUUUCAUAUUGGUGAGAAACCUUAUAAAUGUAAGGAAUGUGGGAAGGCCUUUACCACCUUUUCGUACCUUGUUCGACAUCAGAGAAUUCACACUGUUGAGAACUAUGAAUGUAAAGAAUGUGGGAAGGCUUUUAUUAGAGGCUCAGGCUUUGUUAAACAUGGGAGAAUUCAUACUGGUGAGAAACCAUAUGAAUGUAAGGAAUGUGGGAAGACCUUUAGUAAUAGCCAUCAGUUUACUAUACAUCAGAGUAUUCAUACUGUUAAGAAACCCUAUGAAUGUGGGGAAUGUGGAAAAGCUUUUUAUAGUAGCUCAUACCUUGUUCAACAUCAAAAAAUCCAUAAAGGUGAGAAACCCUAUGAAUGUAAGGAAUGCGGGAAAGCUUUUAUAGUGUAUGGAAAACUUCUUCGGCAUCAGAAUAUUCAUACUGGUGAAAAACCUUUUGUAUGUAAAGAAUGUGGGAAGGCCUUCAGUACCUUCUCAUACCUUGUUCAACAUCAGCGAAUUCACACUGGUGAAAAACCCUAUGAAUGUAAAGAAUGUGGAAAGGCCUUCAGUAGUAGCUCACCCCUGGUUAAACAUCAGAGAAUUCAUACUGGUGAGAAACCCUAUGAGUGUAAGGAAUGUGGGAAGGCCUUUACUGUGUAUGGACAACUUACUCGACAUCAGAGUAUUCAUACUGGUGAGAAACCGUUUGAAUGUAAGGAAUGUGGGAAGGCCUUAAGACUUAGUUCAUUUCUUAAUGCACAUCAGAGAAUUCAUGCAGGGGUAAAGCCCUACAAAUGCAAGGUGGGGAAGGCCUUUAGUCAUGCCUCAUACCUUGUUCAACAUGAAAGACUUCAUACAGAUGAGAAACCGUAUGAGUGUAAAGAGUGUGGCAAGGCCUUUAGUUCUGGCUCUUCCCUAGUUCAACAUCAGAGGAUUCAUACUGGUGAGAAACCCUUUGAAUGUAAGGAAUGUGGCAAGACCUUUAGACUUCAUUCAUUCUUUAGUGAACAUCAGAGGAUACACACUGGUGAGAAACCCUUUAAAUGUAGAAAAUGUGGGAAGGCCUUUAGAUAUAGUUCAGCCCUUAAAGUACAUCAGAGAAACCAUAUGUGUGUAAAACCCUAAAAAUUUAAGGAAUUUGGGAAGUCCAUUAUGUAUGGCUUAAACAUUGUUCAGCAUCAGAGAAUUUAUGCUAAUGAGAAACAUGGAUGUUAAAAAUCUUGGUAGGCCUUUAGAAAAUAUUCUCCUAUUAGAGAAUUCAUAAUGGAAUUCAGAAAACAUAAA